AUGUCGGUUUUGGUUAUUGGGGUAGGGAUUCUUCUGGUUUUUCACCACGAUCAAACCAUUGCCUUCGCCUCCUACUAUGGCAAUCACAUGGUGCUGCAGAAGUCUCCGGAGAGAGCCAUUCUGUGGGGUUACGGCAGGCCUGAAGGUGCCCAGGUCACAGUCUACUUGUCAGGACCGAUGAAAUACAACAGCUCACCAGUCACUGUGCAGAAUGGCAUCUGGCGAGUCACCCUGGACCCCAUCGAGGCCGGCGGUCCCUACAACGUGACUGCAACACUUCAGAACAGUUCGGCUACUCUGAUGGAUGUGCUGUUUGGCGACGUUUGGCUUUGUAGUGGCCAGAGCAACAUGUACUUUGAAAUGUCUAAGAUUUUCAAUGCAUCCAAGGAACUCGCUCUUGCGUCCAAGUACCCUCACGUGAGACCUUUUAUGGUUGCUUUGAAGAUGAGUGACACAGAGUUGACUGAUCUGAUUGGAGUAACGCUCCCAUGGUUUGUGCCUGAAGCAAGUGGUCUGUCGCAGUUCUCUGCAGUGUGUUGGCUCUUUGGACGCUACAUGUACAAGCACCUGAACUACUCGAUAGGACUGGUGGAGACCAGUUGGGGGAACACGCCCGUCGAAGCCUGGUCAUCUUUACGUGCGCUUCAGAAAUGUGGACUGGACCAAAAUGAAAAGUAUAGCAGCUCACGGACUGACAACUCUGUCCUGUGGAAUGCGAUGAUCCACCCACUGCUUAACAUGACAAUCAAAGGAGCCCUCUGGUACCAAGGUGAAAGAAAUUCAAAUUAUCAUCAAAACGAAUACAACUGUUCGUUCCCUGCCAUGAUUGAUGACUGGAGGAUGGCAUUUCACCUGGGCUCAGGUGGGCAGACUGCCAUGGACUUUCCCUUUGGAUUUGUACAGCUGUCCACCGACAAAAAAGGCUCCACGGAUGACGGCUUUCCAAACAUCCGCUGGCACCAGACGGCUGACAAAGGCUUUGUCCCAAACUCUCGUCUGCAAAGGACCUUCAUGGCUGUGGCUUUGGAUUGCCGGAUGAAACUUCACCGUAUGAGAAUCCACCCUCGUGAUAAGCAAGACGUAGCAUACAGACUGACACUCGGCGCACGAGCGGUGGCCUACAAUGAAAAGGAUGUGGUCUUCCUGGACCUUUCCCUAAAAAAAUACUGUCCACUCCGAUGUAUGUCAACAUUACCUACGACCAGGCAGUCGCUGUCAAGUCAUCAAAAGACAUCUUUGAGAUUUGCUGCUCACAGUCACACGGCCCAUGUGGGCCCAAGUCCCAGUGGGUUCCGGCUCCCAUCGUCCAAUGGGCUUCCACCAGCAUCCAGAUAGCAGCCAAUGUCUGCAAUGUAGCAGCGCUACGAUAUGCGUGGAAAGACCAGCCAUGUGAUUUCAAAGCAUGUCCCGUUUACGGCGCAAUAACCGCAUUACCUGCACCCCCGUUCAUUUUCGAUUGCUAUCAAGUUAAUACCUCUGGCACAGUGGUUCUUAACCUGGGUUCGAUCGAACCCUAGAGGUUCGGUGAGUCGAUCUCAGGAGUUCGGCAGAGCCUCCACUGC